AGAGAAAGCUUCUAGCAAGUUUGACUCUGUGCUUAGUGUGACAGUAGAGAGAUACCAUCUCCUUAAGAUACUUUGUUACUGGGGAGAUUUUGCACCUGAACAGGAGCUUUGAAGGAUUCGCCAAGUUAUGCGUAAAAAAGCGCACCGUCGUGACGCAGCGUCACCGUUUUGGAUGUAGAGCUCUCCCUGACAAAAACACCCCGAGCUGGCAUCUGAUUUAUUAACACAACCUGGUCGCAAUGAGGAUUAUAAAUGUCAUGAGGAUUUUGUGGGUGUUUGUAUUGUGCUUCUUUGAUUUCUCAGAUGCUGUGAUCGACUUGACCAUGAUCUCCACAGCAGCGGUCACCAACGUCAAUCGUUUCACCAUCACCUGCAUCAGCGGAGAGCGCAGCCCAGCCCAGGUCGAGCUGGACAUCAAGAGAGACAACAAAAUCCUCCUAUUUUCCAAGAAGCCCAGUUUUAAAGUGCAUAAGCCCAAGAACAAGGAGGCAGUGGCCAGAGACUUCCGUGAUUUAGAUAAUAUUGGCAUCUUCUACUGUGAAUCCACUCAGGAAGUUGCCCCUCUUGAGACGGUCACGAUGAUUAACAACUUCGGCAGAGCUAAUUUUAUUCCAAAUUACCUUACACUGACUGCUAACAGAGGAGAGACAGUUCACCUCAGCAUGCAGCUCCUCAGCUCCCAGAAGAGAGAUGUGACCUGGAAGUACAACGGAAACUACUAUUAUAUGACUCACUGGAACGAUGUGGUCAACCACACUGCUGUACUGACUGUGGAGGAUGCAAAAUAUGCCAAUCAAGGCAUCUACAGUGCGAGCUAUGUCGGAGACAGCCCCCUCCAGGGCGCCUGGAUGAGGCUCAUUGUCAGAGACUGUCCUAGUAAGAAGUGGGGUCAAACGUGUGACAGGGAUUGUCCAAAUUGUCUUAACGGUGGAGUGUGUCAUGAUGUGGAUGGAGACUGCAUCUGCCCUCCAGGAUUCAUGGGAACACGCUGUGAGACAGCCUGCAGAGAAGGAAUGUUUGGACGAAACUGCCAGGAGUCCUGUGAGUCCCGUGGCUCCGAGGCAAAGUGUAAAGGGCUUCGUUUCUGCCUACCAGACCCUUAUGGCUGCUCCUGUGCCAGCGGCUGGUCUGGGAGUCGCUGUGAUAGUUCCUGUCAUAAUGACAUGUUCGGACCAGACUGCAGGUUGAGCUGUAAAUGUCAGAAUGGAGGAGUCUGUAACCGUUUCAGUGGAUGCCAGUGUCCGACAGGGUGGAGAGGACAGAACUGUGAGAAGUCUGACCGGGCUCCCCAGAUUUUGGACUUGGACAGUAACUUGGAGUGGAAUCUGAACUCUAGCCCCAAGAUCUUUUGUUCAGCCACUGGCAACCCCCUGCCCAGUCACGACAGCAUCGAGCUUCGAAAGCUGGACAGCACUGUGCUAAAGGCCUCUCUCACCGUCAUGGAUUCCAAUAAGAGCACUGCCCGGUUUGAGAUUCCUCGUUUGACACCUCAGCAAGGAGGAUUGUGGGAGUGCAGGGUGUCCACCAAUGGAGGCCAGGACUCCCGCAAGUUCAACCUCACCAUUAAAGAGCCCCCAGUGCCCACUUCUGCUCCCAAACUGCUGGAGAAGAGGAGUAAGCAGUUGCUGGUGAUGCCAGUGGACUCCCACAGAGGAGAUGGACCCAUCGUCUCAACCAGACUCCUCUACAAGCCUGUGGAGAACGGAGACUCCUGGUCCUCCAUCAUAGCGACAAAGAGCCCAUCACUCUGAUUGAACCUGGAGCCUUCAACACGCUACCGUGUCCGUGUCAAGUUGAGCCGUCCUGGAGAAGGAGGAGAGGGAGCAGAGGGGCCCGAGGCCAUCAUGGAGACGACUGUCCCGGAGCCCACAGUCCAACCUGAGAUUGACAUCUGCUCUGGAAGCCGCAAUGUUACCAUUCGCUGGCGGCUGCCCCCCAACAAUGGCGUUAAUGCCGCCACAGAUGGCUUUUUAGUGCAGCUCUUCGGGCCGCCACCCUACAGUAAGAAACUACUGGAGGAGGACACCGCCUGCUCAAUGUGCUCUCCACAAGUUCCACAGCUGGAGUAUCAGCAGGACUACACCGUGGUGGUGCACCUAUCAACUGUGGCAGCCAGGGGCCUCCCUCCAAACCCCUACCACUUCCGCAUCGACAGCCAGGGACCAUCGUCCCCUCGCAACGUCCAGGCUCUGCUGUCUGUGUCAGCCAUCCAGGUGAGGUGGCAGCCCCCUGAGGACCCCAAUGGAGGAAUCAUUAAAUAUAUCAUAGAGUACCAGCCGGUCGGCCAAGGGAGCCCUCACCUUUGGGUGGACACAGACGAUGGGAAAACCACCAAAGAUGUGACAGCGCUCAAUGGCAGCACUUACCGGUUCAGAGUGAGGGCGUCCUCCAAAGUGCUCGGAGAGUGGAGCAAGUUGUUCAGGACGAUGACACAGGGGGAUGGCCUUCAGAGUUUAACCCCGACCACCCAGGGUGUGACUGGGAGGCCGGCUGUGGACAGUUACCAGCUGCUGGUGGCCGUGGUGGGCUCUGUGACUGUCACCUGCGUGACCAUACUGUUGGCACUGCUGGCUCUUUUCUUCAUCAGGAAGACGCUGCUCAACCGUCGGCGAACGUUCACCUACCAGUCUGGAUCGGGUGAAGAAACUAUUCUGCAGUUUAACUCAGGAACUCUGACUCUGACACGAAGGCCUAAACCCACACCGGAGCCUCUCACCUAUCCAAUCCUUGAAUGGGAGGACAUAAAGUUUGAAGAUGUCAUCGGAGAAGGCAACUUUGGCCAGGUCAUCAAAGCCAUGAUCAAGAAGGACGGCAACAAAAUGAGCGCAGCCAUUAAGAUGCUGAAAGAGUUCGCCUCAGAGAAUGACCACAGAGACUUUGCAGGGGAGCUGGAGGUGCUGUGUAAACUAGGCCAGCAUCCCAACAUCAUCAACCUCAUUGGAGCCUGUGAGAACAGAGGUUACCUGUACAUAGCAAUAGAAUAUGCUCCCUAUGGUAACCUGCUCGACUUCCUGAGGAAGAGCCGUGUGUUGGAGACCGACCCUGCCUUUGCAAAAGAACACGGUACUGCUUCCACGCUCACCUCCCAGCAGCUCCUGCAGUUUUCUGUGGAUGUGGCGACUGGGAUGCAUUAUCUCAGUGACAAACAGUUCAUACACAGGGAUUUGGCAGCCAGGAACGUUCUGGUAGGGGACAACCUUGUGGCCAAGAUAGCAGACUUCGGUCUGUCUCGAGGAGAGGAAGUUUAUGUUAAGAAGACAAUGGGGAGGCUGCCAGUUCGCUGGAUGGCUAUUGAGUCCCUGAACUACAGUGUCUAUACAAGCAAGAGUGAUGUGUGGUCUUUCGGUGUUCUCCUCUGGGAAAUUGUUAGCUUAGGUGGUACACCAUACUGUGGGAUGACGUGUGCUGAGCUGUACGAAAAACUACCGCAAGGCUACAGGAUGGAGAAACCCAAGAACUGUGACGAUGAAGUCUAUGAGCUUAUGAAGCAGUGCUGGAGGGAUCGGCCCUAUGAGAGACCCCCCUUCUCCCAAAUAUCUGUCCAACUCAACAGGAUGCAGGAGGCCAGGAAGGCUUAUGUGAACAUGGCUCUCUUUGAGAACUUCACCUAUGCUGGGAUCGAUGCCACAGCUGAGGAGGCCUGACUACCAGCCCCCCCAGACCCUAGCAUGCCACGUAGCUCCAAGAGGAAGUCACGAGGGAAGUCGCCCCGUUACUGCCACCUCCCUGCCACUCAACACCAAGAUAGGAGGAGUAAACGCUCUACCACAACCACCCAGCUAUAGGUGGAGGACUGUGAAAGGACACUGUGUGGAGGUAUCACAGGCAUUGCAUGUGGAGUAUGGCAAGGCCUUCGAUGGAGAGAUGCGAGUCCUUCGAACCUUUCUGGAAAUAUGGCCUCCUAUCACAAUAAAAUAAAAGAACUGUCUCAGAAAGAAAGACACAGCAUUGUACUUCUUGCCUCGACAAAGGUUACAAUGGUGGACCUUUUUCUCUGAGCGUUAAGGAAGAGUGACAAAUACGGAGCUAUGUGACUUGCUGAAACACCACAGGGUCUGUGGGGUGUCAAUGCUGGAAUUUUCUUUCCAUUGCUCUAAAUGGAGAAGAAAAUCUUUUCAAAGGACACAGAAUGGAUCACAUUCAAGUUCUCAAACAAUUUGAGAGUGAACCAAGACUUACUUUUGAUGUAGCACUUAAAGCAGCCUCAUUUGUGCCAUCUGUGUCUAUUACUAUUUGCCUAUCACUGCCAUGUGAAUGUAACUACUACUGUAUGUAUUCUGCCUCAUUUUAAAGAACAUAUAGAUGUAUCAAAGCCUCCUAUUCGAAUGUAGUCAAAGUUACAGCCUGAUUUAAAUGCAACCCAGGUGAAUAUUCAUGUGUUGUAUAUGCAAAGUUCCACCACAAGAGUAGUUCUUUGGAAAAUGAAAUGAAAAACUAAUGCAAGGCAGAUGCACUGCCAGUCUACCAGCUAUCACCAUUAUAGAUUACCUUUAACACUAUGCAAUCUAACAUUAACGGUAAUAUAUUCACCGUGUGAGAAUGUACAGUAUGUGUUCAUUAGCUGGUUUGUUCAAUAAAGGUGUUGUGUGGUGACUGGUCUCAUCACCACAAGUGGUUCAGCUUCA